UUUAAAUAACAUAGAAUAUUGAAAACAACAGAGAAAAAAGAUACAAAUAUUCAUUGCAUUUUAGGAUUAAUAUUAUAAGCAUUAAAAUUACUUGGCUUUGCCAUUCAAAAUUUAGUAAAAGCAUUUGUUAUAUAGUAAAGGUUUUAGCUAAUUACUUAAUAUUAAAAUCUACAUUUUAUUAUUACUUUACACACAGAGACACACAUUAAUGAAACGAAAAGACAGCUGAACAGAGCAAAUUUAAAAUGAAUUAAAAGAUGAAAAAGGAAAAUUGAGAGGAAAAAACUACAGUUCUCAAGUAAUCUCCCUGAGCCCAUGGUUGUAAAGGAUCACAUGACUAAAUCUGAUUUUACAACUUUCUUUGUGGCAGUUGUUAAGUAACACAGCAAAUGCUAAGCAUAUACUGCUAUCAUUAAGCAAACUUAUUGUUCAGUAUGGGGUGAGUUUUGCCGGAAAUCAGACAUAGAUGUCAGUUUCUGGGAAAACCAUUGUGAAAGGCAGUCAUGUGACCACGGGACACUGCAGCCAGCAUUAAUGCAGGCUGGCUGAGUGCCCAAAAUGUGGUCAUGUGACUGCAGGGGGACCGUGAUGUCCGAAUUUUGAAACUAGGUCUGACUAAGUAGUUUUUUGGGGAGCUAUGAAUUAUUGCUAAGUGACUGGUCAUAAGUCAAGGACUAUCUGUAUUAGGUUUCUAUCUUGUCCCUGCUAAUUUUCAAUAGUGUAUUUGUAAACCUUUAACCUUUCUUAGUGAUUAUUUUUGCAAUGUUGCAUGAUGUUUUAUGCCUAUAAGAACCAUGCAAGUAUAAGCAUUAGUUGGGUAAUUUGAUUUAGAUGGGCGGUUUCCCACACUAGAUUCUAUAACAGUGGUAGUCACAAGUGUGAAAAUGCAAUACCAUAAGAAAAAUGUGUUUUACUUAAGUCACUUCAUGCAUUAUUUUAAUGGUGCCAUAAUUAAUAUAAUGAGGCAAAUCCUGAAGACUUCAUACAGUAGCCGUAAACUAGAUUAAAGUCUCUAUCACACUGGCAGGACCCUCCAGAAAUAUGCAGUGUAUAAAUGGAAAUUCUCCAGUGAGCAUUUGUUUUUUAAUCUGUCGUUAUUAUCCUGCCUCCCCUCCAUAUAUUAUUAAACUCUGAUUCCUGUAAUUUUUCAUUAGGCAAAAUGGUACACCACAAGACAAAACCUUUUGAACCAAGGUACCUGAAAUAGGCUAAUUUACACAUGCGUCCAAAAUCCAGGGCCCACAACUCCUGUGGAAUUGGGCUAUUUUUAAGGAAAAUACAUCUCCGAAUGUAUCACAACUUUUCCAGUGAAAGCAGUAGAUUAGAAAUUCUGUCACUGUUGAGGGCACUCAGGGAUCUGGUAAAGAAAUAUUUCAUAAAAGAUAACCUAAUAGAUCACAGGUCGUCUAGUAAGCUAUAUACCCAUGCUAUUAUUUGUAAAUACAUUUAAAACAUUAUUUAUUAGCUCCAAGAACAGCUAGUUAUUGCCACUUUAGAUAUGAAACAUUAAGUGUCAAUCUGACAUUAGUAAUCUUACUGCACCAAUAUUUAGAGAACACGACUAUCAAAUUAGAAAAAAUAACUUGUAAUUUAGCAUAAUUUCACUAUAGCAAGUCUGCACUGGGCUUUAGGCCAAAGUUAUCCAUGGGGUAUCCAUUCCCCUCCAUUAUUAAACUAGUUAUAUUUUUUCAAAGCACUGAUUUGUACGGAUUAAUUUCUAAAGAAUUAAAGAAUUAAAAAAAACUUCUAUAAUCAUGGGUGAGACUAGCACUAAAUACAGGUAGUCCUUAAUUUACAACAGUUCGUUUAGAAGUUACAAUGGAAUUGAAAAAAGCGACUUAUGACCAUUUUUCAGACUUAUGACAUCCCCAUGGUCACAUGAUUUACAUCUGGAUGAUUGAUAAGUGGUUCACAUUUAUGUUGAUUGUAAUGCCCCCCCCCAUCAUGUGACGGCCUUUUGCAACCUCCAGACAAAAUCAACGGGAAAGCCAGAUUCACUUAACAACCGAUACUAAUUUAACAACUGGGGUGAGUCACUUAACAAAUGAGGCAAGAAAAGUCGCAAAAUGGGGCAAAGCUCACUUAACAAAUUUCUCACUUGGCAACAUAAAUUCUGGGCUCCAUUGCAGUCGUGAGUUGAGGACUCCCUCUAUAUGAUCAUUUUUGAAUCACCUUUGAACCCAGAAAAAUAGCACCCCAUAUUUUUUUUUUCAAGCCACACUUCCACAAAGACAGAAAACGCCCAAGCGACAGGAAGGGAGUUUAGCAUCCUUCUCAACACAGGCAUUCAGAACAGAGUAGAAUAGAGCUGGAGUGGACCUUGGAGGUCUUCUAGUCCAGCCCCCUGCUCAAGCAGGAGAACCUAUUCCAUUUCAGACAAGUGACUGUCCAGUCUCUUCUUAAAAACCUCCAGGGAUGAAGCGCCCCACGAUUUCCGUUUGCCUAUAUCUCCAAGUUAAGUCUUUUAUGGAAAUCUGCGCGAAACGGAUUCCUGCGGACUGUAGGCAGAAAGGCGACGGCGUCAGCAAGCGGCUUCCAACGUUUCUCCUCGCCUACCAAAAGCGCGGCGGCUCCUGUUCAACUUCGGAAAACAGGAAGGAAGACUCUGAUUGAAAAAAGGCGGCUGAGCCUUAUUUCUCAGAGCGCCUUCCGUUUUCGGGCGGCGGGCGCGGUAUCAGGCGAGCCCCGGACAAAGCAAUUAUGUAACCCACGUCCACACAGGAAUAUAACCGGGGUGGGGAGGGGGAGAAGAGUAAAGAAACCGCCCUGUCGAAGCUGAGCGGAGGCAACCCCGUCCUGGACACAGCGCGCGGCGCUUGCAAGACCCGGAAUUGCCUCUGCCUCCUCCUCUCUCCACACACACACACACACACCCAUGACCGCGAGCCCGGCUCGAGCGAGGCCGCUGGAGAACGGCUUUCCGAAAGGGAGGGGAGAAAGACGAGGGAGAAUGAGGACGGCGCAGGCGCACCAGGAGCCUGACUGUCCAACAUGGCUGAGCUGCUGCUGCCGCCGCCGCUGCCACCGCUGCCUCUUUUUGCAGGACAGGGGGAGUUGAAGGGAGGAUGCUGAACUACUCCGGAGCAGCAGCAGCGGGAGUGGUAGGUGGAGCGAGGCUAGCGAGGACGGAGCCGGCUUCGGCUCGGCUAUGGCCCGCCUGGCAGAUUAUUUCAUUGUGGUGGGCUACGACCAUGAGAAGACAGGCUCAGCAGAUGGUUUGGGGAAAAUAAUACAGAGAUUUCCCUUAAAGGAUUUGGAUGAUACUCCUUUUCCACAGGGAAUAGAAUUGUUUUGUCAACCCGGAGGAUGGCAUUUAUCCAGAGAAAGGAAGCAACCUACAUUUUUUGUGGUGGUUUUGACAGAUAUAAACUCUGAACGACACUAUUGUUCUUGCCUAACAUUCUAUGAAGCAGAGAUUGAUUUGCAGGGAUCAAGAGUAACUGAAGGUGAGCAGGAAUCUGGGUUGAUUCAGCCUGCAGAAGUAUUUGCUCCCAAAAGCCUAGUAUUGGUGUCCAGGUUGGAUUAUCCAGAAAUAUUCAGGGCUUGCCUUGGCUUAGUGUACACUGUGUAUGUGGACAACCUGAAUGUCUCAUUGGAAACUCUUGUUGCAAAUCUCUGUUCAUGCUUUGUUCCUGCUGCUGGAGGGUCACAGAAACUGUUUUCCCUAGGAGCAGGAGACAGGCAACUGAUACAAACUCCUUUACAUGAUAGCCUUCCAGUAACAGGAAUUAGUGUGGCUCUUUUAUUUCAACAAUUAGGAAUUCAAAAUGUGCUGAAUCUAUUCUGUGCAGUCCUUACAGAAAACAAAGUCCUCUUUCAUUCUGCUAGUUUCCAAAGACUAAGUGAUGCCUGUAGAGCAUUAGAAUCCUUAAUGUUUCCUCUCAAAUACAGUUACCCAUACAUUCCAAUUUUACCUGCACAACUCUUGGAGGUUCUAAGUUCACCAACACCUUUUAUUAUUGGCGUACAUUCUAUCUUCCGUAAUGAUAUUCAUGAACUUUUAGAUGUAAUCAUAGCAGACCUAGAUGGCGGUACAAUUAAAAUUCCUGAAUGUAUUCACCUCUCCCAGCUUCCAGAACCACUGCUUCAGCAGACCCAAACUUCUCUAUCUCUAGUUUUAUAUCCAGAUUUGGCAACAGCAGAUUAUGCAUUUCCUCCCCCUCGAACCGCUCUGUCACAUUCCAAAAUGUUGGAUAAAGAGGUGCGAGGAGUCUUUCUUAGAUUAUUUGCACAACUUUUCCAAGGAUAUAGAUCUUGUCUUCAGCUAAUCAGGAUUCAUUCAGAACCUGUGAUAAACUUUCAUAAGGCAGCUUUCUUAAGCCAGCGGGGCUUAAUUGAGAAUGAUUUCCUUACCAAAAUUCUGAAUGGAAUGGCAUUUGCAGGUUUUGUGUCAGAGAGAGGUCCUCCUUAUAGAUCCUGCGAUCUUUUUGAUGAGCUGGUAGCAUUUGAAGUAGAGCGAAUUAAAUCUGAGGAGAGCAAUUCAUUAAAAGUGUUAAAACAUAUCCGAGAACUUGCAGAGCAGCUAUUGAAAAAUGAGAAUCCAAAUCCUCAUAUGACAUUCCAAAAAGUUCCACGACCUACAGAAGGAUCUCAUCUACGAGUUCAUGUACUUCCUUUUCCCAGGAUUAAUGAAAGUCAGGUUCAGGAUUUAAUUCAGGAAAAUAUGAUUAAAAACCAAAGUGUACCGUCUGCUUCUCGCGUUGAAAGGAAAUGUGUGGUUCCUGCUGGUCCAUCUGUUGUUUCCAUAGUAGAAAAGUCAAGCACAGUUUUCAACAGUGCACAAAGACUGGAAGUUGUUAGAAAUUGCAUCUCUUUUAUAUUUGAAAAUAAACUUUUGGAGACUGAAAAGACCUUGCCUGCUGCACUGAGAGCCCUCAAAGGAAAAGCAGCUCGCCAAUGUUUGACGCAGGAACUAAGCCUCCACGUUCAGCAAAAUCGUGCAAUUCUGGAUCAUCAGCAGUUUGAUUACAUAAUACGAAUGAUGAACUGUACUUUGCAGGAUUGUUCAUCUUCAGAAGAAUAUAAUAUUGCUGCAACAUUAUUACCAUUGACAACUGCUUUUUAUAGGAAAUUAGCUCCUGGAGUCAAUCAAUUUGCAUAUACCUGUGUCCAAGACCACCCAAUAUGGGCUAACCAGCAGUUCUGGGAAACAACCUUUUAUAGUGAUGUGGAAAAUCAGAUUCGCUCUCUGUAUCUUUCAACUAAGGAAGACAAUCAUCCGCAACACUUAAAGCAAAAGGAGAAAUUUUCCGAAAACCAAGGACAAGAAAAAACUGCCAUGGACUUGGCAGCUGAGCAGUUACGUUUGUGGCCAACACUUAGUAAAGAGACUCAACAACAGCUGGUACAAAGUGAAGAAAGCAUGGUCUUCAGCCAAGCAAUUCACUUUGCAAACCUCAUGGUGUAUCUGUUAGUGCCACUGGACACCAGUAAAAACAAACUGCUAAGAAUGUCAGCUACAGGAGACUGGGAAAGUGGAAGCAAUAGCAUUGUCACAAAUAGCAUUGCAGGCAGUGUUGCAGAGAGCUAUGAUACUGAAAGUGGUUUUGAAGAUUCUGAAAAUAAUGAUGUUGCCAAUGCUGUGGUGCGCUUCAUUACCAGAUUCAUAGAUAAGGUUUGUACCGAAAGUGGAGUUACACAGGAUCACAUCCGAAGUCUUCAUUGUAUGAUACCAGGAAUUGUAGCCAUGCACAUUGAGACUCUGGAGGCUGUGCAUCGAGAAAGUAGAAGGUUGCCACCAAUACAGAAGCCCAAGAUUCUACGACCAGAUUUGCUACCAGGGGAAGAGUUUGUAUGUGAAGGUCUCCGUGUGCUCCUGGAUCCUGAUGGCAGAGAAGAGGCAACUGGAGGAUUGCUUGGAGGCCCUCCUAUUCUUCCUGCAGAAGGAGCUUUGUUCCUUACUACAUACAGAGUUAUAUUUAAAGGCACCCCUCAUGAUCAACUAGUUGGAGAACAAACAGUUAUUCGUAGCUUCCCUAUUGCUUCAGUAACAAAGGAGAAGAAAAUUACCAUACAAAACCAACUUCAGCAAAGUAUGCAAGAAGGACUGCAGAUCACCUCAGCUACCUUUCAGCUGAUCAAGGUAGCUUUUGAUGAGGAAGUGAGCCCUGAAGUUGUAGAGAUAUUUAAGAAACAGCUGAUGAAGUUUCGCUAUCCUCAGUCCAUCUUCAGCACUUUUGCUUUUGCAGCUGGCCAAACAGCACCUCAGAUCAUCUUGCCAAAGCAAAAGGAGAAAAACACUUCUUUUCGCACUCUUUCGAAAACAAUUGUAAAAGGAGCAAAACGUGCAGGGAAAAUGACAAUUGGCCGGCAGCACUUACUAAAAAAAAAGACAGGAACAAUCAUGGAGGAAAGAACAAAUCGUCCUGGGUGUAAUGAAGAAGAUGAUGUCUCAGUUUCAGAUGACAGUGAAAUGCACACAAGUGGUACUUUGAAAGCAUCAGAAAAAUCAACAAUGGAGCAGCUAGUGGAAAGAGCUUGUUUUAGAGACUAUCAACGUUUGGGGUUAGGAACCAUCAGUAACAGUUCUUCACGUUCAAAAACAGAAUACUUUCGAAUAACAGCUUUAAACAGAAUGUAUUCCCUUUGCAGAAGUUACCCAGGACUGCUAGUGGUACCCCAGUGCAUACAGGACAGCAGCCUGCAGAGAGUAGCUCGCUGCUAUCGGCACAAUCGCUUGCCAGUAGUGUGUUGGAAAAACUCAAAAACAAGUACAUUCCUGUUUCGAGCUGGUGGUUUCCAUGGGAAAGGAGUUGUUGGCCUUUUCAAAUCACAAAAUACACAAACCUCAGCUCCUACAUCACUUGAAUCAUCAAGCAGCAUAGAACAAGAAAAAUACCUUCAAGCCUUACUGAAUGCAAUUUCUGUCCAUUGCAAAUUGAAUGGAAAUAAUACUCUUACCAUCAGACCAGCAAUUGCUUUAUCUCCAGGCACUGAAAGGAGGGCUUCAAGAAUGUCUACUGUGUUUAAGCAGGUAGUGCCAGGACAUUUGGAUGUAAAUCUAUCCAAUAGCUUUGCUCGAGGAGGUGUGUGGGCCAGUCUUCGUUCUAGUGGUCGAUUUAUCAGCACUCAGAUGCCAUUCCUUGAUGUGGGUGCAAGAUUAGCUGGAAAAGAUGGUUCACCUUCAUAUACCAGCAGCAGUGCCUACUUGCAAAACCGACUCCUCAAGCGACAAGCUGCUCUUUACAUAUUUGGAGAAAAAUCUCAACUCAGAGGCUUCAAGCUUGAUUUUGCUUUAAAUUGUGAAUUUGUUCCAGUUGAAUUCAGUGACAUCCGGCAAGUGAAAACUAGUUUUAAAAGACUCAUGAGUGCUUGUGUUCCUAGCAAUAUUCCAGCAGAUUCUGAAAUAACAUUCCUUAAAGCUCUUGGAGAGUCUGAAUGGUUCCCUCAGCUUCACAGAGUAAUACAGUUGGGUGUUAUCAUAUCAGAGCUACUUGAAAAUGGUUCUUCAGUUUUAGUUUGCCUGGAAGAUGGCUGGGACAUCACAGUGCAGGUGGUAUCCCUUGUGCAAUUACUCAGUGAUCCAUUCUAUCGAACACUUGAAGGAUUCAGAAUGCUAAUAGAGAAAGAAUGGUUAUCUUUUGGUCAUAAGUUCAGCCAGCGCAGUAACUUAACUCUUAAUUGUCAAGGAAGUGGAUUUGCACCCAUUUUUCUGCAGUUCUUGGAUUGUGUACACCAGAUUCACAGCCAGUAUCCAACAGAGUUUGAAUUCAAUCAGUAUUACUUGAAGUUCUUAGCAUUUCAUUAUGUUUCCAAUCGAUUUAAAACAUUCCUGCUGGACUCAGACUAUGAAAGACUGGAACACGGAACAUUAUUUGAAGAUAAAGGAGAAAAACAUGGCAAAAAGGGAAUUUGCAUUUGGGAUUGCAUUGACAAGAUACACAAAAGGAAUCCAGUUUUCUUCAAUUAUCUCUACAUGCCAGUUGAAACAGAGGUAUUAAAACCAAAUGUCAGCAUUUCCUGCCUUAAGAAAUGGGAUUACUACAUAGAAGAGACUUUAGCCACAGGCCCAAGUUAUGACUGGACUAUGAUAAGUGCAAAGUGUAGUACCUUGGAUGAAACAGAUCAGAUGGAUAUGUCACCUUCCCACAAUAAGAGAAAAAUUGUCUGGCCAUGCUAUGAUAACCUGGCUAAAGUGCAACCUGAUGCCAUCACCAACUUAUUUAGUGAAAUUGAAAAACUGGAGAACAAAUUAAACCACAGCCCAGAAAGGUGGCAGUCACUGUGGGAAAGAGUCAAAAUAAAUGUGAAAGAAGAUUCAGGGAAAGACAAUCAUCGGAGACAUCCUUCUGGUUCUUCAGCAAUGUCUGUCAACCUGCACUCUUGUCAGAAGAGGUCUAUAUUGCAUCUGCCCGACAGUGGCUUGGGUGAAGAACGAAGCAGCAACAUUUCAUCUUCCAAUGGUGUGGAAAGGAGAGUAACAACACUGUACAAUCAGUUCACUUCAAAACAUGAUGAAAAUAGAUCUUUUGAAGGUACCCUUUACAAAAGAGGAGCUUUGCUAAAAGGUUGGAAACCACGUUGGUUUGUGCUAGAUGUUACAAAACACCAGCUAAGAUAUUAUGAUUCCAUGGAAGAUGCUUAUUGUAAGGGCCAUAUUGAGCUUGCUGAAGUAGAAAGUGUAAUCCCUGCUUCACCAACUAUUGGUGCUCCAAAACAUGCUAAUGAAAAAGCUUUCUUUGAUCUAAAGACAAGUAAACGAGUCUAUAAUUUUUGUGCACAAGAUGCACAGAGUGCCUACCAGUGGAUGGACCGGAUACAGAAUUGCAUUUCAGAUGCAUAAUAAGGAAUUUAUUUUUGCUAUCAUCAUCAUCAUCAUUUAAAAAAAUAUCUGUUGAUAUGCCUAAGUAACUCCACUUCCUAGAAGAAUUGUUUAUUGCAGUUCGAACAGCCUUAUAUUUCAGCCACAGUGCUCAGAACAUCGUAUUUCUUUUAGUUGAUAAUUUAUAUAAUGCCUCGUUCUCCAUUUGGAAGACACUAACUAACCUCAUUGCCCAGAAAACCUCAUCUUCAAUACAAUUCCAGGCUAAGUGAUCCCAGCGGGUAACUUUUUUUUACACACAGGAAUGAAUAAUCCAGCAGAACACUUGAUUUUUGAAAAUAAUCCUUUAUUUAUCUUUAAUCUUCUUAGCUUCCUAUUUUAGAAAAAGGGAUUCAUAUUCAGACUAGCAGUGUUUUCUGAGAAAGAGGUUAUUUAAACCUUUAAACCCUGGAGACCAAUAAAAAGGCACACUCAAGGCACCAUAAAUUAAAAGAAAUGGUUUCUGGUCUGCCACUUGUUCUCUGAACAGUCUGUCUUGAGAAAUAUCUUGCCAUUUUUCUACUAGUUAAUUCAUCUUUGUAGAUGAAUGGAAACCAAGAGCAGGCCUCAGGAAGAGGAAAUGCUAAAUACAAAAGUUGUAUAUUAACUUAUGUGCUGUUCUCCUCAUUGUAAAAAAAAUAUGCACUAAACAAAACAAACACUUGCACUGAAAUCUUUGAAAACAGGCAUUUUGAAGGAGAGAAGUAAAUUAUUUAUAGCAAAAUGCUAGCAAGAUAACAGCAAUUUAAGAUAAUGAUAUGUACAUAAUUUGGCUUGAUGUGAUGUAAUUUGAUACUUUAAAUGUUUUUGCACAUAAAUUGGAAGAAUGUUUUUAGAUUUUUUAACAUUUGCCAAUGUGUUUUGCUCAUCUUAAAAAUCUUUGACAAUUUUUUUACAAACCAAAAUAAAUAAAAGCUUUUCUUGCUGCAACACAUAGUGACUUUUGAGUGUAACAACCCUAGAAAGAGAAUAUGUUUUCUUUAAAAAGUAAUAUGUUAAAAUUAAAACUCAAUGUUUGUUUAUACUAGCCAGUAUUUUCUAGGGUGUAGUGAUGUCACUUGUAAGUUAAUGGCUGAGUUCACAUGUAAUGCUAAGUCAAAGUUUAAUAGAAUAAGGACCUCUCACUGCAAACCUCGGACUGAUGGAUGAAUCCCUUCCCUGGCUUGGAAGCUUUCAUAUUAAAUUCCAUUCUAAGAGUUGAAUCGGACAGUGAUUAAUCUUCACUAAAGUUGGUUAUAACAAGCCAUUAGUUUUUGAAACAGUUUAUUUUUUUACUAACCAGAGUUAAAAUUAACUAUGAUUUAUUAUUAUGAACCUUAAAUUAUGAUUUCUCAAAACUAAAUCAAGCACUGUUAGCGUGCUUCUCUUACAUACGGUAGAAAAAGAAAAGAAAAGGGGAGCCCAAAGAUCCAAACCUCUCAGUAGUUCCUCCUUCUAGUAUUAAACUGUGGUUUAGCAUUAUGUGCAAAUCAGGCCAGUAUUGACAAACUGAUUUCACUUGUAGGAUUUCAGUUUCUGGAAUUGUUUACCUUUUUUAAAAAACCACUAUUUUCCCUAUUUUUCUAAUGAAUAGUGAAUACAGAUUUCACACUACACAAAAUAGGAAAUAUUUCUUUUUUAAAUAUAUUUGGAUUUCCAAACUUAAAGAAAUGAAGGAUUUUUCUAGCAUUUUCAGCUGAUAAAUUACCACUUGUGAAAAAAAAAAUGGUGUUUGCACAUUCAUGUACUUUUCUUUGUAUAUGAAGUACUUUUUUAUGUGCUUUGUAAAACAAUGACUGUGUUUGUUUAAAGUUGUUAAAAAAAUAUACACUACUCAUAGAGUUCUAACUAGGAAUUUUAAUUAUUUUAUGUAUGUUCCAUAACUAGCAUUUGUUAACUAAAUUGUAAUAAAGAGACUUCAUAUGACAACAUUUCUUCUUUAUCCAGUGGAAUAGUUAAUACCAUAUCUUUAUUAUAUAAUUUAGAUCCCAAGUUAUCCUGUAAUAAAAUUCAUAUUUUUGUACAGAAAAUGCCAUUUUGCAUGUGAAAAACUGUUCUUUGCUCUAUUUUUUUCAUUGUUAAACUCAAAACAUUCCAUGAAUAUCACAAACUGGCCAUAUCAGUUAUCUGCCUUGAAAGCUAUGUAUUUAAUUCUGUGUUGACUGAAUAAAUAAAAAUUGUAUGAAACAUAAA